AUGAAGCUUCAAGACCAGAUUGUUCUCGUGACAGGAUCCUCCAGAGGUUUAGGCCUCGCCAUCGCCAAAGCCUUCCGGGCAGAAGGCGCACAAGUGGUGCUGAACUACUUCCAAUCGGAUCCUGAACAGAUAUCCCGUCUCGCGGAAGAACUCGAGGCAUUCCCUUUCCGCGCCGAUGUCGCCAACCCCGACGACGUCAACGCCCUCUUCGCCGCGGCCGAAGCGCACUUCCACCGACCAAUAACGACGGUCGUGAACAAUGCCAUCGCAGGGGGAUUCGCAUUCAACGGCGACGCCAGGCCCAAAGUGGCCCAGCUGACUUGGUCGGACUUCGAUGCUCAGCUCCAGGGCUUUCUGCGAGGCACGCUCAACACCACGCAGGCUGCGUUGCCCGGGUUUGAGAAGGCCCGGUUCGGCCGGAUCGUCAAUAUCGGCUCCAAUCUGGUCCAGAACCCGGUCGUGCCGUACCACGACUACACGGCUGCCAAAGGUGCCUUGUUGGCGUUCACCAGGACGUGUGCGGCGGAUCUGGGCCCCAAGGGCAUCACUGUCAACUUGGUUGCGGGGGGGUUGUUGGAGACCACGGAUGCAAGUGCGAAGACUCCAAGGGUGGUCUUUGACCAGAUCAAGGCGGUGACGCCGUUGAGGAAGGUCACGACUCCGCAGGAUCUGGCGGGCGCGGUCUUGUUCUUUGCGAGUCCUUGGGCCGAUGGCGUUACUGGGCAGCAGAUGGUCGUUGAUGGUGGGUUGGUUAUGAACUGA